AUGGCCGUGGUCGCCGCCGGCGCCGAGGCCUUUGACCCCGCGGCGCCUUCCCCGUCUCGCGCCCCGGCCUCGCGCCAGGACGUGCAGGCGGCCAUCGCCAAGGCCGUCGAGCUGCGCCAGCUCCACGCCGCCCUCCUCCAGCGCGGCGCGCCCAAUGCCCGCGCCGGUGCCGGCGCCAGAAGCAGCCCUGCCGUCAUCCGCCUCCCGCCCGUCGCGUCCCCCGCGCGCUCCAGAGCAGCAGCAGACGAGGAGUACCCCGUGUUUACUCCGGCCUACGACGAUGAGGAGCGCGUCGCUGCCGUUGCAUUGAACCACAUUUGCCAGGACAACCGAAGCCGGUCGGAAAACUGGACCGGGGUCGCCCUGGAUCACGGCGGCAGCGACGACGCGGUCAUGUCCGACUACGACGGCCUUCACGCCUUCUCGUCCUCCAACAACGAGGUGCUCUUCCCUUCCUCCAACGACCACCGUCUUCGCUACAGAGGCACGGCGGCGUACAAGAUCCACCCCGCCUUCAUGCACUCGGCGCCGUCGGCCGACCGCUUCCUCCCGUCCGCCGGCCGGGCGGCCUACACUUCCGAGCUCAAGCUGCCGCCGGCGACGUGCGGUAACGCGUUCCGGCCCGCCACGAUCAGCAGCACCAGGGUGCCGCCCCCGUCGGCGCACUCGCGGACGAAGCAAAGAGGGCCGCCGCAGAUCCUCUCGUGGAUCUUCCCCAAGUCGAGGAAGAAAGCCAAGCCGCCAGAGAUGACGUCGCCGACCGCCAUCGAGCGUGGCAACAUGCCGCAGCUGCUGACCGAGUGGGGGGCGCUGUCUCUUGAGUCCCUCAAGAAAGAGCUCGCGGAGGCCAACGCGCACCGGGACGCCGCGCUGCGCGAAGCUGCCGAGGUGAGGUCGUCGCUGGGGGAGCUGGCCACCAAGCUGGUGAGCGUGGAAGCCUACUGCUCGGAGCUCAAGAAGGCGCUGCGGCAGGCCACCAACUCGCCGUCCGUCUCCCGGAGAUCGACGAGAUCAAUCGAAGCAAGCCGAGAGCUCCCGAUGCCGGUGAGCCACGAGGUAAUGGUGGAAGGCUUCUUGCAGAUCGCGUCCGAGGCGCGGCUCUCUGUGAAGCAGCUCUGCAAGGCGCUGAUCCAGCAGGUGAACGAAGAAUCCAGUGACGGCCUGUCCGACAAGCUGAACCUGCUCCUGCGGCCGUACCAACUCGCGCUCAUCGGCAGCACUGCCAAGCACUGCUCGAAGGCCGUGCUGUACUAUCUCGAGGCGAUCAUGAACCAAGCCAUGUUCCAGGACUUCGAGAACCCCGCGUUCCAGCGGAACGGCUCGCCGAGGUGCCUCGACCCGGCGGAGGACCGCCGGCAGAGCUUCGCCGCCUUCGUGGCGCUACGCAACCUUAGCUGGAACGAGGUUCUGCGGAAAGGCACCAAGUACUACAGCGAGGACUUCAGCCGUUUCUGCGACCGGAAGAUGAGCGGCGUCGUGGCGACGCUUGGCUGGUCCCGGCCGUGGCCCGAGCAGCUGCUGCAGUGCUUCUUCGUCGCCGCCAAGUGCGUCUGGCUGCUCCACCUGCUGGCCUUCUCCUUCGGCCCGCCGCUGACGAUCCUGCGCAUCCAAGACGGCCGCGCAUUUGAUGAGAUGUACAUGGAAGACAUCCUACAUGACAGGCAGCAGGUGCAGAGUCCUUGUCAAGUAAAGAUCAUGGUGAUGCCGGGGUUUUACGUCCAAGAUAGAGUGCUUAAGUGCAGGGUCCUCACAACCAGAUCAGCAGCAUAA